AUUGGUUUGAGGUUUCUGCUGACAGAGUUUGUUGGGCAUCACAGAGCUGACCACAUGUACUAUGCUUUGUUUUGCUUUUUUGUCCUGAGAGAGUAAAUUGAUUGGGGCCUAGAGAUAAAAGAGAAAUGUGCAGUUACAAGAGUUUUCUACAGCAAGGGUCAUGAGAGAGCAAUAACAGUGAACUGGGUUCCGGUGACAGCAAAUUGGCAAUGAGAGACAUGAAUUACUUCAGAUUUACACCGAGAUAACAUUUUACAAAAGAUGUCUUUAAAUUAUAUCAAGAACUUCUAUGAAGGAUGUCUCAGACCUCCAACUGUGAUCGGUCAGUUCCACACUCUUUUCUUUGGAUCUGUGCGAAUGUUUUUCCUUGGUGUCCUUGGUUUUGCUGUAUAUGGAAAUGAGGCCUUGCAUUUUAGCUGUGAGCCUGACAAGAGGGAAGUAAACCUCUUCUGCUACAACCAGUUUCGUCCGAUAACGCCACAGGUAUUUUGGGCCCUACAGCUUGUUACCGUGUUAGUUCCAGGAGCAGUUUUCCAUCUCUAUGCAGCCUGUAAAAGUAUUGAUCAAGAAGAUAUUCUCCAGAAGCCAGUGUACACAGUUUUUUAUAUAAUAUCUGUACUGUUAAGGAUUACUUUGGAAGUAGUAGCCUUUUGGCUACAGAGUCAUCUUUUUGGCUUUCAGGUGAAUCCAAUCUUUAAAUGUGAUGCAGGAAGCCUAGAUAAAAAAUAUAAUUUUACCAGAUGCAUGGUACCGGAACACUUUGAGAAAACAAUCUUUCUAAUUGCUAUGUAUACAUUUACUGUAAUUACAAUGGUACUGUGUGUAGCUGAAAUUUUUGAGAUAUUGUGUAGGCGUUUGGGAUACUUAAACAAUGAGUAACCUACCGCCUGUACCACAUAUUACAUUUUUGGCACUUAAUUAGGUAAUGAUGCCUAAAAUUCAACAAUGCAUGACAUUUCUGCAAUUUUACUGCAGGAAUUUAUGUGCGCUAUAUGUAUUGGUAUGG